UGCAAUAAUGCUCACACCUACUCCCCAUUCGACGGUCUCCUCCGCUCCCCCGAAUCUUCCUCUCUGCCUGCUCAACCCCGUCGCCACCUCCUCCUCCGUGCCCCGUCGCCGCCGCCCCCUCUCCUUCCACGCGGCCGAAGGUGUCGGAUCCGCGUCGCAUCGAGUGCGAAUCGAUGGAGGCAGCUAUCGUGGUAAGCGUUUCCAUGGGGGUGAUGAACCCCGUCUUGGAAAAGCUCGCCCCGCUCAUGGGCGACAAGUACAAGAAAGUCAAGGGUCUAGAGGAGAAGGUGUCCUCCCUCAAGCGUGAGCUCAGCUACAUGAAUUCCGUCCUUGAGAAGAUGGAGCAGGACGCCGACAAACUCGACCAGCAGGAUAAGAUUUGGAGGAAAGAUGUAAUAGAGAUGUCCUACGACAUCGAAGAUUAUAUUGACGACUUCAUUCACCAUUUUGGUGAAGACGGCGACAAGGUGGGUAUGGGGAUCCUCCAGAAAGCUUAUCGCUACCUGAGAACUUUCAAGGAUCGUCAUCGCCUAGUAAAUCAGUUCCAGGAGAUCGAGAAUCAAGUGAUGCAAGUAAGCAAACGCCGGAAGAGGUACAAGCUUGAUCAGUGCAUCUCAAUUACUACCCCUGUAAUUGUUGAUCCUCGCUUGUCAGCGUUCUACAAGGAGUCGGCAAGCCUUGUGGGCAUUGACACCCAGAAGGAAGAGCUUGUCAAAUGGGUAAUGGAUGAAGGGCAACAGUUGAAGGUGGUCUCGAUUGUAGGGUUCGGAGGUUUGGGCAAGACCACGCUUGCCAACGAGGUGUAUCGCGAAGUAAGCGGGAAAUUCGACUGCAAGGCGUUUGUGUCCAUUUCUCAAAAACCAGACAUGAGAAUGAUACUCAACAGUGUGCUAAAGCAACUUGGGCUACAGACAUAUUCUUAUGCUUGCGGGGAGAAAGACCUCAUCGACGACCUCUGUGGACAUCUACAGGAGAAGAGGUACUUCAUCGUAGUUGAUGAUUUGUGGGAUAUACAAGCAUGGAAUACCAUCGGGUGCGUUUUCCCAAAAAAUAAUCUCCGUAGCAGAGUAAUGAUAACUACACGAGAUGAGGAUGUCGCUAGAGCAUGUUACGACAACCACGGAUGCAUUCAUAAUAUGAGGCGCCUAAGUGAGCAAGACUCAAGAAAAUUAUUCUUUAAUAGAAUAUUUGGAUCUGAAGAAGAUGCUUGCCCUUCUCAGUUCGAAGUAGUUUCAUGUGAAAUUUUGAAGAAGUGCGGUGGCCUACCGCUUGCAAUUAUUACUGUUGCUAGUAUUUUAGCUUGCCACCAAAACCACAAAAUACUGAAGGAGCAUUGGGAACAACACACGAAACUGAAGGAGCUAUGGGAGUACAUACAAAAAUGUCUUGCCACUAAUGAGUUUGAAAAGGAAUCUGCCUUGAAGGACAUGAUAAAUAUCUUAGACCUCAGCUACAAAUAUCUACCCCAUCAUCUAAAGGCAUGCUUUUUGUAUCUUGGUAGUUACCCAGAGGAUCACGAAAUUAGCAGGGUUGAGCUAGUUAGACGAUGGGUGGCAGAAGGUUUUGUGAGUAUCUCUAAAGAGUGGGAUGUAUGGGAUGUCGCAGAGAGCUAUUUCAACGAGCUGGUCAAUAGGAGCAUGAUUCAACCUGUAUAUGAGGAUCACUUUGGUAUUGAGGAGCUAGUAGGCUGCAGAGUACAUGAUAUGAUGCUUGAUCUGAUCAGAAGUAAGUGUGAAGAAUAUAAUUUUGUUAGUGUGGUGCAUGGUCUUCAAGCCAUGGGAAAAGUGCAAGACAAUGUGCGCCGACUCUCUGUCGAUUUGAGUGGUGGAGAGGAUGCCACAAUGCCUGAGCCCGCUACUGGCCACUUAUCAAAAGUUCGUUCCCUUGCCAUCUCUAGAGGAUCAAAGUGGAAACCUCCUCUAGUGGAGUUUAAGUUUCUCCGGGUGCUCUUCCUUCAAUUAUCUUUUCCUGAGCAAGAAACGGCAAGGGACCUUACUGCUAUCAGCCAAUUGUCACAUGUGAAAUAUUUAAAGAUCGAAGGGAUGUACAAUGGGUACGAGGACUCCGUAAUGUUACCUGCUAAGAUUAGUGGGCUGCGACAAUUGCAGACUCUAGAAAUAAUUGACAUCCCAGUUUCCAACAUUCCAUCAGACAUCGUUGACUUGCCCUGCUUGUCCCAUCUAGACCUGACAUCUCAUGAGAAUCCCUGCUUGCCGGACGGGAUUGGCAAGAUGAAAUGGCUGCGCACUCUGAGUUGCCUCAGUCUGCGGAAGAGCACACCGGAGAAUAUUAAGGGCAUCAGUGAGCUAACCAAUCUGGCAGAGCUGAACCUCAACUGUAAAAGAGAAGAAUCGGGAUGUGUGCCGACGGCGACAUGGAUGGCUGCUUUGAGCUAUUCCCUGGAGAAGCUCAGUAACCUCAAGUGUCUUUUAUUGUGGUCUUCUCGUGAUGCCUUCUGCGCUGAUGCUAUGAGCUCGUUUUCACCUCCAUUCCGCAACAUUGAGAAACUUUAUCUGAGAGCAUUGACCCUCCCUAGAGUUCCCAGGUGGAUCAGCGAUCUCCGUAGCCUCCGCGCCCUAGAUCUUGGGGUGAAGGAGAUAACCUGCGAAGAUGUAGUUGUCAUCAUUGGGACGCUACCUGUCCUCGCCAGGCUCCACCUGCGGAUCCCUGGCGUCCCGGCAGAAAGGAUUGUGAUAGGCUCCACAGUCUUCACGGUUCUCAAAUGGUUUGGUUUCGAUUGUGAUGGGGCAUCGUGCAUUACAUUUGAGGCAGGGGCUAUGCCCAACCUUCGGAACCUCUUGUUACGAAUCAAUCCGCGUGAAUGGGACAACGCUACACCUGUCGGUAUGGAGCACCUCUCAAGCCUAAAAGAAAUCUAUGUAGUCUCCGUACUCUCUGGAAACCGAGACUCCAUUUCUGAGGCCGAUCCCGAGCCGCUCUUGAAGGUCUUCCAGGAAGCUGCUGACGCUCUACCGAGUCGCCCAGCAUUUGGGAGCCACCGCUCUUGGAUAAGACCGGAAGAGGAGGAGUAGAAGUCUCUAGAGGAUGGAUGGAUGAAUGGGAACCAAGUGCGGCGCGGGAGCUGCAGAUUAUCGAUUGGUGCCUUGGUUCACCAAUCGAUAAUCUGCAGCUUGGAAAAAAGAGCUGGAGUCCAUUUGCUAUACAAAUGGAGAUCUUCGAAGUUUGAAUCAAUAGCUUACGUCUCCAAAAGGUACUCCACUUCAUUAAAACCAAGCACAAGGAUAAUUCCCAAUGGCAGCGAAAGAAUGUUAUUCAGUAACACCAUUGAAAACUCAUUCAAAUUGCCAGACUUGGUGGCUUGCUUAGCACUGUCCAUUACUGAAACACCCUACUUUACAACUAAACAUAUUUUAUUCGAAUAUAAAAAAAUUUGACAGUAUUUCCUCUAUAGUUAUGGUAUAACUGACCACACACUUCACAAGCAGAAAAUAUAUGAUAUAAACAACGUAACCACAACAUAUAUCUAUCUACACCAUAUACAAAAUUACUUCUUCAAGUACAAAGCUUAUUACAGCACAAACGACAUACUACCCAAAAAAACAUGGUUUUCAAACACAAGUUUAGAUUAUCGAUAUUGUGAUGAGGUGGUGUGUGCAACUACCAAGUUCCAUCCCCAAAAAUGCACGUCGACAAUCUAAGCGUACAUGUAAAAGAUUUAACAGGGGUGAGACAAGCUCAGCAAGUAACGGCUAUGAAUAAAUACAUAUCUUACCUGGUUAAGAGUAUUUUAGAAACAACCAUUUUUCUCAUAAUGGAAAGCCAAAACACAUGAUUUUAAAGAGAAUAUCUUUCCACUUGACGAAGUAUUUGUCAAGAGAACAACAACGACAAUCUCCAACACAGUGUCUCACAAAAUCAUAGCAUUUAACUUUCAGGAUUCUGCAUUCUUCAAAUAUCAUAUAAAUGUAAGAAUGCUAUGAUGCAACUCCAUUUGAGAGUUUUGCGCUGGACGGUGCCAACCUCUCAUGCAACUCCAUGUACCAGUACGAGUCACGCACGAUUGCAGUGAUCGGCCUUUAUCACCAUAUGAAAUGCAUAAAUACAUAUGUAUGCAUGUGAAUCGACGUCAAUUCUUAUAUUCUUCUUUUGAUGACUCAUGUUGAAUACAUUGCAAAUGAUUCAUGUUGCCACAACAUAUUCAAAAUCAAUAUAAAAGACUGAAUUUAAGUUCGAUAGAAUGUAAUAUCAUCCAUGCUCGGAAUAUAUUAGAGAAUAUUGAAUACUUCAAUUUUACUUGCAGAGAAGUAAGACAUGAAUAUAAACAUAGCACUGAAGUCACCCCCACGUUACUUGCCUUUUACCGGAGGCGAUGAAGGAAUUUCGCUUAGGUACAUCCGGAAGCACUACCACCUGCACAGGUACAUUUUAGUACUAAAGCACAUCUGAAACACAUAUAACGAGAAGCGUCAAACCUACGCCUGAAAACGUCG